GUGAGCUGCUGGCUGUGUACAGAGUGUCAGUGAGUGCAGGAGGAGCUGGGGGCAUGGAGCACUUUCUGCAGGGCUGCAAGGCCGCCUUACAGAUUAUGAAAAGUGCUGCUUUCCAUCCAGUGAAAGUUAGAAUUUUACCAACAGUGAAAGCUAACUUAAAUAAACCCAGUGCCGUGGAAUUCCACGUUGUCCUCGGCAAUGAAGCAUGCGAUCUGGACUCAACAGUGUCGGCCAUAGCCCUGGCCUACUUCCUUUCAAAGACGUCUCCCAGCAAAAACCUGGAAUACGUUCCCGUUUUAAAUAUCCCUCGCCAAGACUUUCCUCUCCGGACAGAGAGCACGUUCUUCCUGAAAGAACAUGGCAUUUCAGAGGAGCACCUCGCCUUCAGAGAUGAAAUCGACCUGGCAAGUCUCUAUGAAUCUGGCCAGCUUGUGCUGACGCUGGUAGAUCACAAUGUGUUACCCAGUAGCGACUCUUUCAUGGAAGAUGUGGUUGCGUCUGUUAUCGACCAUCACACCCUGGAGAGAAAGCCUACCCCCUCCUGCAGGGUCACGUCACAGUUGGUAGGGUCCUGCGCCACACUGGUGGCAGAGAGAAUCUUCUGUGGCGCCCCCAACAUCCUCGACUUGCAGCUGGCUUCUCUGUUACACGGUACAAUCGUUCUGGAUUGUGUUAAUAUGGCUCCCGUGGCUGGAAAAGUGACCCCCAAAGACAGUGAAUAUGUUACUUUGUUGGAGAAUAUGUUCCCUGACCUUCCACCAAGGACUGCUGUGUUUGACUCCCUACAGAAGGCUAAGUUGGAUGUGUCCGAUCUGACCACAGAACAGAUGCUGAGGAAAGACAUGAAAACGUUAAUGAGCCGCGAUAUCUGUCUCGCCAUCAGCGCCAUUUAUAUCAGCCUAGAGGAUUUUCUGCAUCGGAUCAACAUGGAGUCUGAUCUCCGCGUCUUUUGUGACAAACAUGGGUACAAUGUGCUUAUCACCAUGGCUAUCACUUUUAGCAGUGAGAAUGAACCGGUGAGACAGAUAGCUGUGUACAGUCCACACCAAGAGCACAGGACACUGGUGUGCAAAGUCUUGGAGCAAGCUACAAACCCAACUCUUGCUCUCUCACCAAUUGCCUCUAAUCCAUGUGAAAACCUUGCUGCCUACCACCAAGGUAAUACCAUUGCUUCACGGAAAAAAGUUCUGCCAAUUCUUAAAGAUUUUUUAAGGAAGAGAGACCUCGGGGACAGUUCAUCCAACUCCAUGCAGCCAUUUCAGGAUAAUGAAAAGAGUAAAGGACACGUGGGUGGUGGAGCCCCACUGGCAAAUGAAGGCUUGGAAGAUAAUCAAUUCAUCGUGGAGUUUGGAGAUCAGUUUGAUAACCCAGAUAAUUGUGUCGGAGAGGAGCCAAGAGCUGCCAGAUUUAAUUAUGGUUUCAAAAAACAGACAGAUGACGGAGCAGAAGAUGAGAACUCCUUUCCUCCCACCCCUAUGAACAGUCUUGUUGAAGGCUGUCCCCUGGAUAGAGGACUUCCAAAACUAACAGCAGAAGACAUUCUUGAGAGGUUUAGCCAGAUUGCCGCACUAGAUUCAGAAGAUAAAACCACGUCCGGGAAGAAAUGAUAACAUGCCAGUAGAUAGGUUUUUCGGUUCCAAAAUAUCAUAAAUAUUUUAAGAUAUAUUUAUAAAAAAAAAUAUUCUCUUUUUUAAGGAAUUUAACAUGGAAACAAGGUGUGUGCUUAACAUUCACGUUGACGUUGAAGGGUUUCUUGUUUUGGUUUUGUUUGUUCGUUUGUGUUUGCAUGUGUGGGAUUUCUAUAUACUGUUUUUUGUUUUUUUUAUACAGAAUGUUGUGUCCACACACGUUUUACAAUACCUCAGGAUUCAUUCCUUGUCCUUGUGACUUGCUUUUCCAGCAUGCAUCUCAAUUUAUAGAUGUCCAUUCUAAAAGUAAUCUGAAGAUUUACUUCGUACUCAAAUAUAAUUGGGGAAACGGUCCUCGUAUUGCUAAAAAAAGAAUUGUUCUUAGAUUG